ACAGCUCCCAAAGCAGUAUUCCCGCGAACAUUGAGAGACAUCUCAGUGCAUGAAUAACUGCUUUUCUAGAGUCCCAUCACCAUGAGCAAGAGGAAAGUGAAAGAUCAGCACAUGCCUGUUGGAGAAUGCAUCACACAGGUUCAGGAGAUUUUAAGGGAGCGCUUUUGCUGUCAGAAGCUGCCUGACAGACCGGAGGGAGUGGAGGCUCAACACAGACACCUCCUGGAGCUGCUGAAGCGGACGGCUGUCCACGGGGAGAGUAACUCCCUGCUAAUCGUCGGGCCCAGGGGAGCAGGAAAAACAAUGCUGCUGAAGUGUGUGUUGAGGGAUCUGCUGGAGGAAAAAGAAGUGCAGAAAAACCUGCUGCAGGUUCACCUCAAUGGUCUCCUGCAGACUGACGACAGAAUAGCGCUGAAAGAAAUAACACGGCAGCUCAAUCUGGAAAACGUUGUUGGUGACAAAGUGUUUGGCAGUUUUGCAGAGAAUCUAGCUUUCCUGUUGGAGGCUUUGAAGAAAGGUGAUCGCAGCAGCAGCCGACCCGUGUUGUUCAUCCUGGAUGAGUUCGACCUGUUUGCCCACCACAAGAACCAGACUCUUCUCUACAACCUGUUAGACGUCUCCCAGUCCGCCCAGGCUCCCAUUGCUGUGGUCGGCGUUACCUGCAGACUGGAUGUUCUGGAGCUGUUGGAGAAGAGGGUGAAGUCGCGGUUUUCUCACCGUCAGAUCCACCUGCUGAGCAGUCUGACGUUCCCUCAGUACCUGGAGCGGGUUCAGACCCAGCUCAGCCUGCCGGACGACUUCCCAGAUGAGAAGUUUGCUCAGGACUGGAGCGCCAGCUUGAAGGCUCUGUGUGAAGACAAAUCAGUGGAAGAUGUUUUGCAGAGACACUUCAACUCAAGCAAAGACUACAGAACGAUGCACAUGCUGCUGAUGUUGUGUCUGAGUCGUGUUUCCGUUUCCAAACCCACCAUCAAACCUGCAGACAUGCUGGAGGCCAGCAGAAUGUGUUUCAGCGAUGCCAAGGCGAACAUGCUCCACGGUUUGUCCAUCUUGGAGCUGUGCCUCGUCAUCGCCAUGAAACAUCUCAACGACAUCUACGAAGGAGAGCCGUUCAACCUGCAGAUGGUUCACAACGAGUUCAAGAAGUUCCUGCACAGAAAGUCCAGCUCCAUGUACAACUUUGAGCAGCCAGUCAUAAUGAAGGCCUUCGAGCACCUGCAGCAGCUGGAGCUGAUCCGGCCCGUCGACGGCUCCGCGGCCAAGACUCAGAGGGAGUACCAGCUCAUGAGACUCAUGCUGGACCACAGUCAGAUCAUGGAGGCCCUGCAGAAGUACCCACAAUGCCCCACUGACGUCAAACAGUGGGCCAUGUCAGCAUUCGGCUAGGACUCUGCAUGCACACAGACUUUAUGCACAAGGCUUGUUGUGCGGUGUUUUUUGUUGCACAAAGUGAGGAACCUUUCAUGAAAGGAAAACCAGCACUGGGGCUCAGGUCAAGAGCUGAAAUGAUGCCGGUCUACAACCAGGAGAAGACAUGGCCUACAGCAGGUCACACUACACCAGGGUGCACUUCAUUCUUUCUGUAAAGCAUAUUUUAAGAGGUGUGAUUAAAUAAAAAUGGCUUUUCUACAACUGGCA